GCCUCGCAAAUCCCUGGGGAUGACGUCAUACCCACAGGCGCUCGGCACAUGGCACCCACAAUGCCCUGCGCUAGCAAGAUGUCCGACGCGAUGAACUAAAGAAGGAACGAAGAGGGGCUGCCAUCCUGUGCCAUCACGAUAGCGUGGAAUGAGUAUUCCAUGUGUCCUCGGCAUGCAUGAAGGCGCUUGGGAAAGCAUACACGCGUCGAAAGGCCAGCAGGGGAGUGUAAGCGCCAUGAAUACGGGAGGGCACGGGACGGGGUCAGCUCAGGGCGGCGGAGCGGGAGGACCAGGUCCGACCAACCUCCCCAGUCGGUCCCAGGACGAUGCUAUGGUGGGAUAUUUCUUCCAGCGGCAGCCGGGCGAGCUGGACGGUGCCGGCGGAGGCUACAGAAAACCCCGCUGGGCUAUCGGAGACGACGGAAUCGGAGACCAGAUGAGAAUGGCACACAUGAACAGCGAAUUUGAAGCGUUGAGUUUGGAAGGAGCGAGAGACAUGAGCGAGAUUGUGCCGUCAGCAAAAAAGUUGUGGGAUGUGGGCGGUGACGGUGAUACGGGCGGGAAAGGAGCGGGUGAUGAACCGAAGAGCAUCUUUCUGGGCGACCAAUGGCGGGAGAGCACGUGGGGCAGCGUACAGACAUCCAUGUCAGACCACUCAGUGUCGCAACCAAUCAUGGUGCAGCAGCGAAGAGCGUCGCUUGGCGGUUUCCACGGCAACGACGUGGGUUCCGUGUUGUCGCCGCGCUCGUCGGAGGCGAGCGGACUGGGCGUGAGCAUGGUGGAGUAUGUGCUGGGGUCGUCGCCGGGGUCGAAGGAGAUCGACUCGCGAAUGAACAGGCUGAAGGUCGGAUUUGAGACAGGCGGUGACGGCAGUAUGGCGAACGAUGUGGACGGAACGAAGGCAGGAAAGAAGGACAAGGUCACGGAGGACGGAGACGGGAAAGUCGACAAGCACGACAAGGAGAGUAACGAGCAGGCUCAGGGCAACCCUGGAACAGUCAACGGUGCAGUCAAGGAUGACAAGGGGUUCAGUCGAACCCCCGGGAGUCGACAGGCGUCUCCCACCAGUGAGGAGAACAAAGUGCACAUUUCUCAGGCAGCCGAGUUCAUCCCUCGCAGUAUGCCUACCAACAUACCCAAUCAACACAACCAGCAGGUGAUGCAGACGACGCGACCCAUGAUGGAUGAACUGAACGAGCAGACGGGCAACCUGACCCUUGACCCCCUGGAGCCGGUGACGGUUGACCCCCUGCAGUUCGACUACUCGGGUCAGAUGGGCCCAAAUAUGGAGAGUCCGGGCAACUUCGUGGCGUAUGACCAGCAGCAGCAGCUGUUCCGCCAGCAGCCGCUGACCAUCCAGCAGCUGACGGCUGCCCAGCAGCAGCAGUACGCCCUGGCAGCAGCACAGCAGCAGCAGCUGGGGCUGGCCCCGACAGUGUUUGCUCCGAACCCCUACAUCAUCAGUGCAGCACCUGUGCAGGAUCCUUACGCAGCAGGGCUGGCUGCUGCAACCCUCGCAGGAGCACCGGCGGUGGUCCCCCCUCAGUACGCUGCGUACAACCUCCACCCGUGGGGCGUGUACCCGGCCACGGCUGCGACCUCUGGCCUCAUCCAACAGCAACAGCAGGCACAGCAGCAACAGCAGGCUGCCGGACAGCAGCCCGGACAGCCCAUGAACCCUCAGAUGGUGCGCGGGAACCAGGGGCGACCUAUGACCCCCCAACAGCAGGGUCAGGAGGCCAUGACCCCACAGCAACAACAACAGGCCCUGCAGCAGGCUCUACCGGCCACCCACCCUGGUGUGUCCCCUGGGCUGCUGGGAGCCGGGUACCAGGUUCUGGCGCCGGCUGCGUACUACGACCAGUCCGGCCAGCUGGUGAUGGGCAGCGCGAGGGCGGUGGGAGCUCCGGUCCGCCUGGUGCCGCCGGGACCACUGCUGCUCAACACUGCACAGCCAGGUGCUGCAAACGGUUUGGGCGCUGCAAACGGCCUCCGGCUCUUGGGGACCCAGCAACAACAACAGCAGCAGCAGCAGCAACAACAACAACAACAGCAGCAGCAACAACAACAGCAGAACCAGCAGCCCGCCAACACUCUCUACAACGGCACCCCCGCCACCCAACAGAACACGGGAUUCAACCCCAUGAACUCUGGUCUGGGCUUCAGUAACGGGGGCAUGGGGCCCAUCGGCUCCAGUGUGGGAACAAUAGGGUCGGGCAGCUUCUCAGGUACUUACGGAACAGGAAGCCUCCUCUCUCCUGGCAUCGGCAGCAACAACAGCAGCUCCUCUCAGCGACGUGAUUCGCUGACGGGAAGCAUUGACUACAAACGUCAGAGCGUUCCACCAAUGGGCAGCCUCGGCUGGGGGCUGGGUGGGGUCUCCCCCUCCCCUGGGCCAGUGGGCAUGCCACUGCCGAGUCAGAGCGGACAUUCGCUGACUCCGCCGCCAUCUUUGUCAGGCUCCUCCACAAGCAUCAAUCUGGGAGGAUACGAUCCGUACAGCACGUCACCCAAUGACUACACCAUCCCAGGUGCGCUGUCCACGGGGGGCCGCAUGGUGUCCGCCGCGCCCGGAGCCGAGGCUCGCUACCGCAACAACACGUCCAGCGCCUCCAACGGGCUGUUUGGGUCGGGCAGCUCGCUGUUCCCCACACGCAGCAUGACCUCUAGAUACAGGACAAACUCUGAGCAGGGACCCCCAUGGAACAGGAGUCCGUUGGACAAGGCUCCGUCUGGCCGCAGCCGUCUGCUGGAAGACUUCCGUAACAACCGUUUCCCCAACCUGCAGCUGCGAGACCUGGCCAAUCACAUCGUGGAGUUCUCACAGGACCAGCAUGGCUCCAGAUCAAGUUUGCAGCUGAGGGAUCUGGCCAAUCACGUGGUGGAGUUCUCACAGGACCAGCACGGAUCCAGGUUCAUCCAGCAGAAGUUGGAGCGCGCCACUCCUGCCGAGAAACAGAUGGUCUUCAACGAGAUCCUGAGCGCCGCGUACCAGCUCAUGACGGACGUCUUCGGCAACUACGUCAUCCAGAAGUUCUUCGAGUUCGGAACCCCGGAGCAGAAGAACGCCUUGGCGCAGAAGAUCCGCGGGCACGUGCUUCCGCUGGCGCUACAGAUGUACGGGUGCCGUGUGAUCCAGAAGGCUCUGGAGUGUAUCCCGCCGGAUCUGAAGUUCUCAUACCAGGUUGAGCUGGUGAAGGAACUGGACGGCCAUGUCCUGAAGUGUGUGAAGGAUCAGAACGGGAACCACGUGGUGCAGAAGUGUAUUGAGUGUGUCGACCCCUCUGAGCUGCAGUUCAUCAUUGAUGCUUUCCGUGGACAGGUGUUUGCGCUGUCGACCCAUCCGUACGGCUGUCGUGUGAUCCAGCGUAUCCUGGAACACUGCACAGUGGAGCAGACCAUCCCCAUCCUGGAGGAGCUGCAUGAGAACACAGAGAGGCUCGUACAGGAUCAGUACGGUAACUACGUGAUCCAACACGUUCUGGAGCACGGCCGUCCGGAGGACAAGAGUAAGAUUGUGAACGAGCUGAGGGGAAAAGUGCUGGCCCUGUCUCAGCACAAGUUUGCCAGCAACGUGGUGGAGAAGUGCGUGUCCCACUCGUCGCGUGCAGAGCGUGCCAUGCUGAUCGACGAGGUCUGCUCCUACUGUGAUGGGACACACAGUGCCUUAUACACCAUGAUGAAGGACCAGUUUGCCAACUAUGUGGUUCAGAAGAUGAUUGACGUGGCGGAGCCGCAGCAGCGCAAGAUCCUGAUGCACAAGAUCCGCCCUCACAUCGCCACGCUGCGCAAGUACACCUACGGCAAGCACAUCCUGGCCAAGCUGGAGAAGUACUUCAUGAAGAACAGCGGGGACCUUGGCCUCAUCCCCAUCCCUCCCAACGGCACCUUGUGAACGACACAGGCCUGUCGUUAACAAACAACACGGCCCUGACGAUAAUAAACAACACAGCCCUGUCGUAGAUAAACAACACGGCCCUGACAGUUAUUGAGAAACAACAUGGCCCUGAUGAUAAUAUACCACACUGCCCUGACAAUAAAAAACAACAAGGCCCUGACGAUAAUAAUAAACAACACUGCCCUGGUCACUAAACGACACAAUGUUUCUAAACAGCAGCCCAAGCUUGUUUCUAUGAAAGACAUCACUGUAUGUUGUGGGCAACAUGGCAAAGGUUCUUAGUUCCACCAAACCGACUGAAAACCUUUCUAACAGGGUUGAUGAUUUCUUUGGAAAGCUUUUUCCCCACAUCUAGUGCUGAAGUGAAAGACACAGAGAGUUGUACUUUUUGAAUUUCUACAUGGGGAAAUUUAGCAUAUGCCUACAUGGUGUGGUGUGCAAAAAGCACAGCUCCUGCAUUAUAUUAGGAGUAGGCAGAAUUGAGGAAGUCGAAUGAUGCUAGGUUUUGACUGAAUAGCCAGUGCAGCAGGAAAAGGAACUACACAACUUUGAAUACUUAAAAAAAAUGGAUGCUUUGAGGAGAAUAAGAAGCAGGGCAAGUUUUUAUCCACGUGAAAGGUUCCUUUGCUACGGAAGGUACCUUCCCAGGGGGCAUUGGGAAUGCAGGGAUUUCUGGGAUAACAUUUGCAGCAAACAUAAGCAGUGGUCCUUAACUGAAGUCCUUAAUUCCGUAGUCUGUUUCUUAAAGUGAGCUUUAUUUGUGGCUUAUUCUUUCUUAAAUGCUCACAUCAAAACAAAACAAAAACCUCUGUGCCAAAAGUUGACUGUCUCCUGCAAAAGGUUUAAGAUAAGGAAUGUAUUCUUUUUCGACACUUCUUUUUUUGUGUCUUCUUGGUCUUCCAAAAAGUAAGAAUAUGAGUGUGAAAUUAAAUAGGAGCAGUCUUGAAACAAGGAUUCAAUCUACCAAUAGUGUUUGAACGGACUGUUUUGUUGUAUCACUGCUUACUGUUAUGCUGUCCGGUUUUUCCCAAAAUCUGUUUGAAACCAAGAAACCCUGUGUAGUUUCGAACCCUGUUUGGGAAAAUUGACGCUUGUGUACUUACUACAUGUACCAUGUUUGUACUAGUUUGGUCCCAACUGUCGCCGUUUCAGUAGCUGUAAUUAAUUGUUCUUUAUUUCGAGUCGAAUUUGUUGUAACUUUGGUCCUGUAAUCUUCCAUGAAUUAAUCCACAGUACAUAUGUACAUACACAUUUGUAAGUGCAGUCCAAUGAUUGGUAGACCAAUUUUUCCUCGGUCCUGUACAGUAGUUAAAAGAUGUGGCUUGUCCAUCGGUGCUACUGUUGAAUCCCCACACGUCUGGGUUAGAACGUUUCGGUGUUGUUUUCAUUUUUUCCUUCUUUCUUUUGUAAAACCUCUUUUAGACAGGACGAUCAACUCCCUGUACAUAACAAAUGCGAAACUCCUGUACCAAAAUUGUGACUACGAAAAUUUUUCUGGACUUGUACGUUAUACUACUGGACACAAAACCUGCUGCCCGCUGUUUUUUGGGCUAAUCAUGGGUGUACAGUCACUCGGCUGGCGUUGUAUAGCGAGGUAUGUAUAUUUGAAUUCGCCACGUGUACAUGUUCGUACGUUUUUUCUGGACAAGCCGCCAGCGCCCCCCUUCGCGGGGGCAGUAUACAUAAAACCUACCAAUCUUUACGAAUGCUUCCAUCGAAUCCAGGCUGAACUAUUGUACAUGUAUUUAUGGGCCAUUUUCCUGAAACUGGAUGUUGGUAAAAACAAGUAACGCUCCGCUUUUUGGCGUGGACAGGACCAGAUGAGGGAGUUCGAUUCCCAAGAUGUCUUGCAUGCGUUGAUGUGCAUUUUACCUCUUGGUGUUGUUGUGACGUUGUCUUUUUGGGGUUUAUACUCGGAGUUUAGGAACUAAUACCAAGUAUUUGUGUGAAAACUGUUAAUACUUAUAAUAACAUGGUAAUGUAGGUAUAGUCCAGUGUAACAAUGGUUGUGUACACAAUUUUUCAUUUCUUGUAACUUUUAUAUCUACAUAUAUACAGUCGCAUUUUUGUACUUGUAGAUUGCAACCGCCAGAUAUGCCUAGGUUUAUAUUUUCGUGGAAUGAUAUACAUAUAUUAUGAUACAUAUUUUAUUGUGAUAUCGAUGGUAGUUUGUGAUGAAGGCAUAGUUGAUUACAACUUUAAAUUGUACAUUGUACAUUUGUAAAUGUGAUGCUAGACAAUGAGUUUUAUUCGCCCCCCACCCCCUUUUUUGCCCAUGUACAAACCAGUGAACAAAGGUACAGACACAUUGCACAUAGUUUGUCAAAAGUGUACAUUGAUUUUGCUGUAUGAAUAGAUUGGUCUUUGUACGAAAGGAGGAUAGCAAAUUUCAUACUCAAAAAAAAAAAAGGGAAUAGCUUUUUGCCUUGUAUGUUGAUACUCGCACCAUUGUUAAAAAAAUGGAAGUCAAAUUUCGAUCCACCUUAAUAAUUGCACGGUAUAUAUCUUGAUAUUUAACUUGUUAAUAAUAUUGUGAUUACUGCUACUAACUGUAGUUGAAUGUUUUGUACUUUGGUAAACGUGCUAAAAAAAUCAUGUAUAAUGAACUAGGGUGUAGAGAAGGGUUUAGUAAGUUGACAAUGUACUGCUUUUGGUAUUGGCUGCCUUCUAUCAUGAUGGUGACGAUAUUCGGUACAUUGGAAACUCGAAUCUUGGGUACCUAGGCCUUUUACUGUAAGAGCCAAAAUUUGAUGAGUUUUAAAGCUGAAGAAAGAAACGUUGAAACGUCUAAUAAUCGAAACUAGUGACUGAUUUUUCUAAGCGUGUUUCGUAGAUGUCAAAGAAAGUUAAAUUAGGUUUUCGUUUAGGUAAAGUUUUCAUCGAUAUUUUUCUUUUCGAAAAAAACGACUUAACAAUCUGAAGAUAUUGCUUUGGUGUAUACCCUUCGAGAGAUGUAUCAAGGGUAGUUGUUUUGGCUUGUUUUUUUGACAUUAUGUUAGGCCUUAGGUACGAGUGACUAUGGUUCAGUGGGAGUUAGGACGUAGCAUUUUGUAUGGUAGCGUUAGUACGUGCAGUAUAUACAUAAUGUGGGCUUGAUCUGUACAUGCUGUAUAUGGAUAAAAUACAACUAGAGCCCCGAGAACCUGUAUGUGUAUCAAUUAAAAAAUCAUUGGUGUUUUGCAAACUA